CUGAGCUGGAAGCCAAGGAGUGCUGUGGUUAAGUAUAACCUAGUAGUGACUAACUAUGUUAGUAUGUUUGAGUAUGUUGUAGACUUUACUGUAAGCUUAACUUAAAAAGUUUUUUACACACAAAGCGCCCUGUCAGACACUUGCUGUGUAUUGGGAGAUCAAUGCUGGAGGUGGCUUUGUGACCCCUUGGAUCAGAUCAUGUGAUGUACGGGAAGUGUUCUUGACACAGCUGCUAUUGCCGGGCGGAUCAGCUGUGCGCGUGCGUACAUGGUGUCAGACUGUUCAGACGAUUUUUUUUUUCUGAGAUGCUAGGGCUCUCACACGGGUUCUACCACUAAACUAAUUACAUUUCUAGCCGUUCUGACAAUAUUUUUGGAGGUACUCCAUUGCACAGAAAAUCGCCCCCAAAGAAGAUUCUCAUUCGGAGGCGAGUAGAGACCUUCAGGGGUUGACACUGCCUACAUUAAUGCGAACUGGCCAGAUUUAGCCACCUCUAAUAUUCACUUUAACAACUGGAGCCGCGCAAGCGCAGCGCUUUUGCACCGCUCAUGACAGCAGUUGCGGAUUGGUGGUUUGGAUCACGUGAUCGAACCUCGCCUCUUCCUGGAGGUUGGGGCCCAGUCCGCGGGCUUGUUUCCGGUUCGGUAGGUCCACGAUGACGGAGCCGGGCGCCUCUCCGGAGGACCCUUGGGUCAAGGCAAGCUCCGCGGACGCGCACGCCGGCGAGGGGAGGGCGGGUCGGGCUCGUGCACGUAGGGGGUCCGGAAGACGUGGGGCUCCCCAACUAUCCCCAGAGUCUCCCCUGCUGUCUGGGCCCCGGGGCUGCAGAGAAGACAGCUCUCACCCGGCCUGUGCUAAGGUGGAGUAUGCCUACAGUGACAACAGCCUGGAUCCCGGGCUUUUUGUAGAAAGCACCCACAAAGGGAGUGUAGUGUCCAGAGCUAAUAGCAUCGGCUCCACCAGUGCCUCCUCCGUCCCCAACACAGACGAUGAGGACAGUGAUUAUCAGCAAGAGUCCUACAAGGAGUCCUACAAAGACCGGAGGCGGCGUGCACACACUCAGGCUGAACAGAAGAGGAGGGAUGCUAUUAAGAGAGGCUAUGAUGACCUUCAGACCAUUGUCCCUACCUGCCAGCAGCAGGAUUUCUCCAUUGGCUCCCAAAAACUCAGCAAAGCCAUCGUUCUACAGAAGACCAUUGACUACAUCCAGUUUUUACACAAGGAGAAAAAAAAGCAAGAGGAAGAAGUAUCCACACUGCGAAAGGAUGUCACAGCCUUGAAGAUAAUGAAAGUGAACUAUGAGCAAAUCGUGAAGGCACAUCAGGACAACCCUCAUGAGGGAGAGGACCAGGUCUCUGACCAGGUCAAGUUCAACGUCUUUCAAGGCAUCAUGGACUCCCUAUUCCAGUCUUUCAACGCCUCUAUCUCUGUGGCCAGCUUCCAGGAGCUCUCGGCUUGUGUCUUCAGCUGGAUUGAGGAACACUGUGAGCCACAGACUCUACGAGAGAUUGUGAUUGGUGUCCUUCAUCAGUUGAAAAACCAGCUCUACUGAUGGUCCCUGGAAACAUGCAGGGCAGCCAACAAGAGGCCUUUGAGUGUGUUUGGCCAUGGAACUGCUGGGCCUAUGAGAUUGGACUGCAACACCUCACACCGGUCAGCUGGUUUCUACUUGGUGUUUGGUUUUCCCAGCCCUGCUUCAGCUUUGGUGGGGCUGACUGUUUCAUAAAACCUUCUGAUUAAUUUAUUAUAUUGCUUAUAAUGUUGAACCUACCCAACCUUCCCCUUCCUAGGAAAAGUCUCUAGGAUAAGAGUCUGUUCAGGGAACCUCACAAAACCCUGAGCCUCUCGGCCCUUUCUCUACCCAUUGGGUUCUUGCUCACAAUCUAUAUACAUAAUUUGAAAUUUGUUUGCCUCUGCUUGGUCUCUUGGGCAACAUUUGGCUCAAGUUUGGGUAUUUUGGCAGUUCUUAAGUUGGAGAAAAGAAAUAGCCCCAUGGCCAUGAAGGGUAAAAGGCUACCUUGGGGUUAGGCUAGGGUUGUGUGGUUGGUGCUGAGUAAGGCCAGGGUGUUCUAGCCAGCUCAGGGUAGGGCUACCAGGUUCCUGCUGCCCCCUUCUUCAGCUGCUGGGACGCUACAGGAAACAAUGUCCCAUCAGCUCUUGUCCUAUCUUCCCUAAGACAGCAUUACAUAUUUGAAUUUAUUUUCUAAAUACCAACAGUGAGAGCAUUUUUGUUACAUGUAGUUUUCCAAAAUUCUUAGUGGACCUCCAAAGCACCCCAGCCUCUUCUGCAUAAUGUGUGUAUCUGCCUCAGCAGUGUGUUGCCUAUAUUUCUCCUAGGACCUGGGGAUACAGAAGAUACUCAAGUCUUCUGGGGGUAGGCCAGGGUGAUACCUUGGGAUUUUCAAAUGUUGGUGUGUGACACCCUUUCUGUACUUUUAUCCCAUGUUCCCUACUGCCUUCCCCAGGUUUGAUAUCUGGGAGAUUUGAUCAUCCAGAGGAAAUUAAGUAUUUUUAUAUCAAAUUAUAUUACAAUAAAUACUACAGAUACCUUCCUUUA